CGAUCCAUGAUCAAUCGUUAAUAGAUCGUAGAGAUUCGACCAGUUUUUAUUCGUCAACUUCUUUCUCGCGUGACGAUUGAUCCGACCUUCGUGCGCACCGAUCCGAUCGGCGCACAAGUGCAUCGUAAACAGACGUGGGAUACGUCGUAGGAUCAUCAGAGAAGAGGCGUUUCAAUCAAGAGAGAGUCACCGAAAGCAUCCUAGAAGAAGAGGACCGUCUUCUAUUUCGAGCUUUCGUCUUUCUAUGACGUCACGCCGACGAAAAUAUCACGCGGUUAGGGAGGUGCAGUCGUGUGGCCCUGAUGUGUGGUCCAGGUCUCAAUCUUUCCCAGACUCCCAAAAAUUCUCAAUCACUUCGCUCUUCGAUAAUACUCUCCUCUCCACGAGUUCUCCACGAUCGAUCGUUCGCGGAUCGAAAAAGGGGAUCCCGACUCGUCACAGCUCUCCUCCUUUGAUCCAACGGAACCGCGUGGACAAUCCGGAAGAUUUCCCGUGUGCGUGAAACAUCUCGAGAGAAGUGGGUCGUGGCUCUCUCCCACGUAAAACCGAUCCCCACCUUUUUCAUUUCUGCGUCCAGGAGUCCGUCAGUGGCGCAUCGUACACGUCCUCGAGAGGAUCCUCGUCGUUUCGCACGGCUCUCGUGGUCCUUUUUUUUUUUUUUUGUACGCAACACCUUGUGCCUCUUGUGUCCACGUUCACCCACGGCAGGUGGAUAUCGAUACGAAAGUCGAAAUUAACAAGAGAAGAGAGUUGUGUGAGAAGAGUAAAGAAGAAUGCCUGGUGCCGGUGGUCAACCACCGCAAAGGACCACCUUCCGACCACCCUGGGUCAAGGAUGGUCCCUCGCCUUUACCUAUGCCUAGUGCACCCUGGGCCCUCAAUUCGAGAAGAGAUUCGAAACCAAAAGUUGAAGAACCGCCUCCAUUUACCCAAGUUACUCUCAAAAGUGUAGCGAAACCAGAAGCGAAAUCCUCGACAGAUGCACAGCCGCGUAAACAGAGCAAGAUCACAAUAAUCCCGUCACAGCCUAAAAGCGAAAAGAAUACGAACAGUCAACCGAUACCGGCGAAGCUCCGCGAGAAUGGACGACAAGAGCCAAAUUCGAGGCCACAGCUCGAACGACAGGUUCGAAUCGAGAGGUCUCGAUCUCGAGGUGAUACAAUACCACUCUCCAAGAGUGAGAACACCACAGGAGCGCCGACAUUAUCGAAAAGCUCAUCGAGAGCAGCGAUUCCGCCACCACCACCUCCAAGACCUCCACCACCACCUCCGAGUAGAACAAUCCUGAAGGAUCUUCCGCCACUAAACAAGAGCCAAGAAGAAAAGCUCGAAAUGCUGAAACAGAGACCACGAAAACGUCCAGAUUGGGCGAGUAUGAUGAAAGAAGUUGAAAGCGGAAAGACCUUGAAGCAUGUGAAGUGCAACGAUAGGAGUGCGCCCUUGAUCGAAAGGGUGAACAAGGUUACAGCUGAUCCAGCAGGGAAGGCACAUUUUGUGUUCGAAUCUGAAAAAUCGAACAUGCAUAACCAAUUGCUGAAACAAAUUCAGGAAGGUGUAAAAUUAAAGAAAGUGCAAACUAAUGAUCGAUCGAAACCGAUACUAGAAGGUCUGAGAAAAUUCCGAAGACAAUUGACAAUAGAGGAACAAAUGCAAAAGGCUGAAGAACCCACGGAUGACUCUAUUUCUGAUGACAUGGAUGAUAUUGAUGCAGUAAGAGAUGAUUUACAAAGUACUAAACAAAUGCUUGCUAUUGAACUUAGAAAUAAGGAAGCUUUGGAAAGAGAAAACAAACGAUUACAAGCAAGAAUUUUAAAUCUCGAAGCUGAAUUCGAGCAUGAAAAAUCCCAAAAAAGUGUGCAAGAACAAAGGAAGUAUGACGAGAAAAUUACAGAAUCAUUAAAAAAAGAAACUCAACAAGCUAGAAAGGAUGCCGAGAAAUUCGAGAGAGAAUAUAUCAAUGUGUCAGAAGAAAGAGAUAAACUCAAAAAUGAAUUGGAAGAAAUGAAAAGGAUGUAUGCUGCUUUAGAAAAACGAAUGAAAGCUGAGCAAGAGCUUGAGCCUGAGCCAAUAAUUGAACUAGCAGAUGAUGGCGACGAAGCAGCUUGGUACAAUGUUUCAGGAAUGGCACUGGCUGGAUGUCCAAGUGCAAAAGAUGUAGCAAAAAUUGCUUCUCAAAAAAAUAUAGAUAAAAAAGAGCCAAGUGAAAGUGAUGAAGAAGAAGAACAAGAACAAGAAGAAGAAGAAGAAGAAAGCUCAGAAGAAGAUGAUAAAGAUCCAAAAGCAUCAGAGAAACGGUUACAAAGAGAAAUUAAACUUUUGACAACAAAGAUAAGAAAUUUCAAAGAUAAAGCAAUUAAUGCUAGAAAGGAAAGACAUGCAUUAAAAGAUCAAAUUAAGCAGCAACAAAAGUUAUUAAAAGAAGAAAAAAAGAAGUUUAAACAGCUUCAAAAAGAAGUGGACAAAAUGGCAAAGUUAAUGUCAGAAAGCGAAGAUGAUGAAAAAGAUGAUGAAGAAGAAGAAGAAGAAGAAACAGAUUCUGAAGAAUCAGAAUCUGAAGAAUCUGAAGACGAAGAAACUGAAACAGAAGAUGAAGAUCAAUCUUUGGAAGGUCAAAGAAAUAUUUUACAGAAACAAUCUAAAAGGCAUGAAGGACGUUUAGCAGCAUUAAGGAAGGGUAACUAUCUACUUAAAGCUCAAGUUGAUAGAUUAAAAGAUGAUUUAGCAAAACAACGAGAAGAAAGUCUUACUCUUCAAGAAGAUCUUGACUCCGUGUUAGCAGAAUUAGGUUAAGUUCAUGUAAAGAGAUCUAAGAAUUAUUAUGAAUAAUUGUAUACAUACACAUAUAAGUAUUACAUAUGAAAAUAUAGAAAAUUUUAUGUCUGAAAAA